GCGUCAUCUUCAGUCGUCAAAAAUCACCUGCAUGGGUGGAUCGUACAGGCGAUUAACUCCAUUUUAAAUUAUUGAUCUUAUUAGAAAACUUAGUUAACAUCUUUAAACAUCAUGGGAGACUCCCUGGACGGGAGCGAAAAUACCUCCGAUACUCAGAAUGUCGCCCUUGUUGACUUUCAAGACUUUGCAAAUUACCUGCGCAGGGCCGCAACGGUACUUUUGCCUGAAGAUGACAUCGUUCCACCGGCUUUGAACACCGCACUGGAUGACAAAGUCAAUCAAGAUUGUAUACGGAAGUUCGUCUCCGACCCCCAAGUCUCUUCGCUGUACGUCCAAAGGUUUUCCUCGAAAGAAGACGACAGCGAACAACCCACAGAGGGGGAAGAGGAGAAAGAAGCUGUGACUUAUCAGAUAAGCAAUGAGGUCCACUUCACAUCGCCUAGAGUGGCAGCAUUUGUUUGCAUCAAGCGAGGAGCAGUCAUUGAAGCUGACAAGUCCAUCCACAGCCAGCUGCGCCUCAUUAACUUGUCUGAUGGCUCACCCUACGAAACCCUUCAUGCUUUUAUCAGCAAAACGAUGGCUCCAUUCUUCAAAAGCUAUGUCAAGGAGAGUGGCAGAGCUGAUAGGGAUGGUGACAAAAUGGCACCAUCUGUGGAGAAGAAGAUUGCUGAGCUGGAAAUGGGUUUGUUACACCUACAGCAAAACAUUGACAUUCCGGAAAUAACUUUGCCUGUUCACCCAUUAGUGGCUGCUGUCAUCAAGAGAGCUGCUGAUGAGGGCCGUAAGGCUCGCGUCGCCGACUUUGGUGACAAGGUUGAAGAUUCCACCUUCCUGAAUCAGCUGCAAUUUGGUGUCAAUCGUUGGAUAAAGGAGAUUCAAAAAGUAACGAAGUUAGAUAGGGAUCCAUCAAACGGCACGGCCCUUCAAGAGAUCUCUUUCUGGCUCAAUCUUGAGAGAGCACUCCAUCGCAUACAAGAGAAAAGGGAAAGUACUGAAGUUGCACUAACUCUCGAGAUCCUGAAGUAUGGCAAACGUUUCCACGCCACUGUCUCAUUCGACACCGACACCGGUCUCAAACAAGCCCUUGCAACUGUGUCUGACUACAAUCCACUAAUGAAGGACUUUCCUAUAAAUGAUUUGCUGAGUGCAACUGAACUUGAUAGAAUCAGACUGGCUGUGCAACAAAUCUUCUCCCACCUUCGGAAAAUCCGUUCUACAAAGUAUCCCAUCCAGCGUGGCUUGAGACUUGUCGAAGCUAUCUCUCGAGACCUUGGACAACAACUCUUGAAGGUCUUGGGCACACGGCGCCUCAUGCAUAUUCCUUUCGAAGACUUUGAACGAGUUAUGACUCAGUGCUUCGAAGUUUUCUCCUGCUGGGAUGAUGAGUAUGAGAAGCUGCAGGGUCUUUUACGUGAUAUUGUUAAGAAGAAGCGAGACGAACAUCUGAAGAUGGUGUGGCGUGUGUCCCCUUCGCAUAAGAGGCUCCAGGCUCGCAUGGAGCACAUGCGUCGCUUCCGCAGGCACCACGAACAACUGCGCACCGUCAUGCUGAGGGUGCUGCGCCCGCGCGCCACCGUGAACCCGGAGACGGGCGCCGGCGGCGAGCCCGCGCAGCCUCAUUCAUUGCCCAUGGACGCUGCCGAUGCCAACGCCAUUGCAGAGGUUAACCUCGCAUAUGAAAAUGUAAAAGAAGUGGAUUGCUUGGAUAUCUCGCGUGAAGGGUGUGACGCUUGGGAAGCCGCAGUGCGUCGUUAUGAAGAUAGAAUCGACCGCGUGGAGACCCGCAUCACGGCACACCUGCGCGACCAGCUCGGCACCGCCAAGAACGCGAACGAGAUGUUCCGCAUAUUCUCGCGCUUCAACGCGCUGUUCGUGCGCCCGCACAUCCGCGGCGCCAUCCGCGAGUACCAGACGCAGCUCAUACAGCGCGUCAAGGACGACAUCGAGGCGCUGCAUGAGAAGUUUAAGGUGCAAUACCCGCAAUCGAAAUGCAGCCGUCUCUCUUUGGUACGUGACUUGCCGCCCGUGGCUGGCUCCAUCAUCUGGGCGAAACAGAUUGAUCACCAAUUGACCGCUUACUUAAAGAGGGUCGAAGAUGUACUUGGCAAAGGUUGGGAAAACCACAUCGAGGGACAGAAACUAAAAGCCGACGGCGAUAGCUUCCGUCUCAAAUUGGAUACUCAGGAAGUGUUCGAUGAUUGGGCUCGCAAGGUACAACAACGUAACUUAGGCGUCUCCGGUCGUAUCUUCGCCAUAGAGUCGGUCCGAGCGCGCUCCAGCAAGACCGGCACCAUACUCAAGCUGAAAGUUAACUUCCUCCCUGAAAUCAUCACCCUGUAUAAGGAAGUGCGCAACUUGAAGAACUUGGGUUUCAGAGUACCCUUAGCUAUUGUGAACAAAGCUCACCAGGCGAAUCAACUCUACCCAUUCGCCAUCUCGCUCAUUGAAAGCGUGCGUACUUACGAACGCACUUUGGAAAAGAUCCGCGACAAAGCGUCUAUCAUCCCGCUGGUGGCCGGACUGCGUCGUGAUGUAUUGAACCAAGUGUCUGAAGGCAUGGCUCUUGUCUGGGAAUCUUAUAAACUCGAUCCGUAUGUCCAGAAAUUGAAUGAAGUUGUUCUGUUGUUCCAAGAGAAGGUGGAAGACUUAUUAGCUGUCGAAGAACAGAUCUCAGUGGACGCCCGAUCUUUAGAAACAUGUCCGUACUCAGCUCAGAGUCUGGCUGACAUCCUAAGCCGCUUGCAACGCGCUAUCGACGAUCUCUCGCUGCGUCAAUACAGUAACUUGCAUUUGUGGGUGCAGCGACUGGAUGAGGAGGUCGAGAAGAGCCUUGCUGCACGUUUACAAGCCGGUAUCGAAGCUUGGACUGCCGCUUUACUCGGUAAAAGCAAUGAGCUUGAUCUGUCCAUGGACACAUACUCGCCUGCUGAGCCCACACACAAACCCGGCGGGGAACCACAGAUCGCGCGUGUCGUACACGAAGUGCGCAUAACCAACCAGCAGAUGUACUUGUUCCCUUCGCUGGAGGAAGCUCGAUUCCAACUGAUGAGACAGAUGUUCGCCUGGCAAGCAAUUGUUACCAGCCAGCACCGGCUUCAGAGCACCAGAUACCAAGUUGGCGUUGCGCGUGCUCAAACAGCUACAUAUAGAAACUUGUUGACUAAACUGCCUGGCGGAUCAUCGCCUCUUGAAAGUGCGUAUGAUGCUAUCGAACAAAAGAUAUCUCAAGUUCGGGAAUACGUUGAUGAAUGGCUGCGCUACCAAGCCCUGUGGGACCUGCAACCCGAAAGCUUGUAUGGGCGUCUCGGCGAAGAUAUUACUCUGUGGAUCAAGUGCCUGAAUGACAUCAAAAAAUCUCGCACUACUUUCGAUACAUCAGACACUCGUCGCGAAUACGGACCGGUGGUUAUCGAUUUCGCUCGCGUACAAAGUAAGGUGGCGUUGAAAUACGACGCUUGGCACAAGGAGGUGCUUGGCAAAUUCGGAGCUUUGCUCGGAGGAGAGAUGGUGCAGUUCCAUGGACAACUCGCCAAAUCGCGCAGCCAACUGGAACAGCAGACUAUUGAGGCAGCAUCGACCAGUGAUGCCGUUUCUCUCAUCACAUACGUACAACAGCUCAAGAGAGAAGUGCUGGCGUGGGAGAAACAAGUAGAUAUUUAUCGUGAAGCGCAACGCAUCCUUGAAAGGCAACGAUUCCAGUUCCCAGCUCAGUGGCUUCAUGUCGACAACAUCGAAGGCGAAUGGAGUGCGUUCAACGAGAUCAUGCGCAGGAAGGAUUCCUCCAUUCAGACCCAAGUGGCUUCACUUCAACAAAAAAUCGUUGCGGAAGACAAAGCCGUGGAGGCGCGUACUUUGGAGUUCCUCACAGAAUGGGAACGCAGCAAGCCCACCGACGGCUCCACCAGACCUGAGGAUGCUCUGGCUAGACUGCAAGCCAUGGAGACUCGCUACACUAGGCUCAAGGAUGAGCGAGACAACGUCGCCAAAGCUAAGGAGGCUUUGGAGCUACAUGACACUGGUAGUUCAGUAAACAACGAACGCAUGACUGUGGCCCUGGAAGAGCUGCAGGACCUUCGCGGCGUUUGGUCCUCGCUCAGUAAGAUCUGGACUCAGAUUGACGAUAUCAGGGAGAAGCCUUGGCUUUCCGUCCAGCCGAGAAAACUCAGGCAACAACUGGAAGCAAUGUUAAACGAGCUGAAGGAGCUGCCGGCUCGUCUGCGUAUGUACGACAGCUAUGAGUAUGUCCGCAAACUCCUGCAGUCUUACACUAAGGUGAACAUGUUAAUCGUGGAGCUAAAAUCUGAUGCUCUCAAAGAGCGUCACUGGCGGCAACUGUGUCGCGCGCUCAAGGUCGACUGGUCGCUCUCCGAACUCACGCUGGGGCAGGUCUGGGACGCCGACCUGCUGCACAACGAACACACUGUCAAGGACGUGGUAUCCGUGGCACAGGGAGAGAUGGCGCUCGAGGAGUUUUUGAAACAGGUGCGAGAGUCAUGGCAGAGUUACGAAUUGGACCUGAUCAACUAUCAGAACAAAUGCAAAAUCAUUCGCGGAUGGGACGACCUCUUCAACAAAGUAAAGGAACACAUCAACAGCGUUGCAGCCAUGAAAUUGUCGCCUUAUUACAAGGUGUUCGAAGAAGAAGCAUUAACAUGGGAAGAGAAACUCAAUCGUAUCAAUGCGCUGUUUGACGUUUGGAUCGACGUACAACGUCGUUGGGUUUACCUGGAAGGUAUCUUCAGUGGCUCUGCUGAUAUUAAAACACUGCUGCCUGUUGAGACCAGCCGAUUCCAGAGUAUUAGUUCUGAAUUCCUCGGCCUGAUGAAGAAAGUGGGUAAAUCUCCGAUGGUUAUGGACGUGCUGAACAUCCCCGGCGUGCAGCGCUCGUUGGAACGUCUCGCCGACCUGCUCGGCAAGAUUCAGAAGGCGCUCGGUGAAUACCUUGAAAGGGAGAGAAGCAGUUUCCCGCGUUUCUACUUCGUGGGCGACGAGGAUCUUCUCGAAAUCAUCGGUAACAGCAAGAAUAUUGCGCGUUUACAAAAGCACUUCAAGAAAAUGUUUGCUGGAGUGGCAGCUAUCAUUCUUAACGACGACAAUACUAUCAUCAACGGAAUAGCAUCGCGUGAGGGCGAAGAAGUGUACUUCACAUCCCCGGUAUCGACAAUAGAGAACCCGAAGAUAAACUCGUGGCUGUCGAUGGUGGAGCGCGAGAUGCGCGUGACGCUCGCCUGCAGGCUCAAGGACGCCGUCGGCGACGUCAAGCAGUUCAAGGACGGCAACGUCGACCCGCAGAAGUUCAUCGACUGGUGCGAUAAAUAUCAGGCUCAAAUCGUAGUGCUAGCCGCUCAGAUCCUGUGGUCGGAGGACGUAGAAGCCGCGCUGGCUAGCGGCGGAGGCGACGGUCUGAAGCGAGUGCUGGCCCACGUCGAGAACAUGCUGAACAUCCUCGCCGACUCCGUGCUGCAAGAACAGCCGCCGCUCAGGAGAAGGAAACUCGAACAUUUGAUCAACGAGUUCGUUCACAAGCGUACGGUGACACGUCGCCUAAUCGCUUCAGAUGUGAACAGCCCGCGUUCCUUCGAAUGGCUGUGUGAGAUGCGAUUCUACUUCGAUCCAAGGAACAAUGAUGUCCUACAACAACUAACAAUUCACAUGGCGAACGCUAAAUUCCUAUACGGUUUCGAAUAUCUGGGCGUGCAAGACCGUCUCGUUCAGACGCCGCUGACCGACCGCUGCUACCUGACUAUGACGCAGGCGUUGGAAGCCAGGCUGGGAGGAUCUCCGUUCGGUCCGGCUGGUACCGGUAAGACCGAGUCGGUGAAAGCCCUCGGCAACCAACUCGGCAGGUUCGUGCUUGUGUUCAACUGCGACGAGACGUUCGACUUCCAAGCCAUGGGCCGUAUUUUCGUCGGUCUUUGUCAGGUGGGCGCCUGGGGUUGCUUCGACGAAUUCAAUCGUCUGGAAGAGAGAAUGUUGUCGGCCGUGUCGCAACAGGUGCAGACCAUUCAGGAAGCUCUCAAGAGCCACCAAGAAGGAGACAAUACUGCCAAAUCCAUCACAGUAGAGCUGGUGGGUAAACAAGUACGCGUGUCCCAAGACAUGGCAAUAUUCAUAACCAUGAACCCUGGCUACGCUGGCCGUUCCAACCUGCCGGACAACUUGAAGAAGCUGUUCAGAAGUUUGGCCAUGACCACGCCAGACAGGCAGCUGAUCGCCGAGGUGAUGCUGUUCAGCCAAGGGUUCAGGACUGCUGAGAAACUCGCAUGCAAGAUCGUUCCGUUCUUUAAGCUGUGUGAUGAGCAACUGUCCAACCAGUCUCACUACGAUUUUGGUCUGCGAGCUCUCAAGUCGGUGCUGGUUUCCGCCGGUAACGUGAAGCGCGACCGUAUCCAGAAAAUAAAGCAUAGCAGACAUCAUUUUGAGGAAAAUCUUACGGAACGCGGUCAAGAAGUGCCGGACGAGGCGUCCAUUGCGGAAUCGUUGCCUGAACAAGACAUUCUCAUACAAUCCGUGUGUGAGACGAUGGUGCCCAAGCUGGUCGCUGAAGAUAUACCGCUGCUGUUCUCGCUGUUGAACGAUGUGUUCCCCAACGUGGGGUACACCAGGGCCGAGAUGACUGGUCUGAAGAACGAAAUCCGCGCCGUGUGCGCCGAAGAGUUCUUGGUUUGCGGCGAAGGAGACGAACAAGGCUCCACUUGGAUGGACAAGGUUCUACAGCUAUAUCAGAUAUGCAAGCUCAAUCAUGGGCUCAUGAUGGUCGGUCCAUCAGGAAGCGGCAAGUCUACCGCUUGGCGAGUGCUAUUGAAAGCAUUGGAAAGAUUCGAAGGUGUCGAAGGCGUGGCGCAUGUGAUCGAUCCGAAGGCUAUGUCGAAGGAAACACUUUACGGUGUGCUCGAUCCCAACACUCGCGAAUGGACCGACGGUCUCUUUACGCACAUACUCAGGAAAAUCAUUGACAACGUCCGUGGUGAGAUCAACAAACGUCAAUGGAUCAUAUUCGACGGUGAUGUGGAUCCUGAAUGGGUAGAGAACUUGAACUCUGUGUUGGACGACAAUAAAUUGUUGACGUUGCCCAACGGUGAACGUCUCUCGCUGCCACCCAACGUCAGGAUUAUGUUUGAGGUACAAGAUCUAAAAUACGCUACACUGGCCACUGUGUCGCGUUGCGGUAUGGUUUGGUUCUCACAGGACGUGCUCACCACCGAAAUGAUUUUCGAAAACUACCUUAUGAGAUUAAGAAACAUUCCAUUGGAAGAUGGCGAAGAGGACUCGUUCAGCAUUGUGAUGGCCGCUCCAACGCCUGGAAGCGAUCAGGCUGCUACGGAAAAUAUCUUGUCACCCGCCUUACAGACCCAACGGGACGUGGCCGCCAUCCUGCAGCCGCUGUUCUUCGGCGACGGGCUCGUGGUGAAGUGCCUGGAGCGCGCCGCCAGCCUCGACCACAUCAUGGACUUCACGCGACACCGCGCGCUCUCCUCUCUGCACUCUAUGCUCAACAGGGGGGUUAGGAACAUUUUGGGCUACAAUCGGCAACAUCCUGAUUUCCCGAUCACGAACGAGCAAUUAGAAGCUUACGUGCCUAAAUGGCUAGUGUACUCUUUACUCUGGUCGUUUGCCGGAGAUGCCAAACUGAAGGAUCGCAACGAACUAGGCGAUUUCAUUAGAUCAGCAAGCACCAUGCAACUGCCCAACUGCGGCGCCAAUCAACACAUUAUUGACUUUGAGGUAUGCAUCACUGGCGAAUGGGUGCCGUGGUCGGCUAAGGUACCCCAGAUCGAAGUGGAAACUCACAAAGUAGCAGCUCCAGAUGUAGUCGUGCCUACCCUUGACACCGUGCGCCAUGAGGCGCUGCUAUACACUUGGCUGGCGGAACACAAGCCACUCGUGUUGUGCGGCCCUCCCGGCUCGGGUAAGACAAUGACGUUGUUCUCCGCGCUACGAGCCCUGCCCGACAUGGAAGUGGUGGGCCUGAACUUCUCCUCCGCCACCACGCCGGAGCUGCUGCUCAAGACCUUCGACCACUACUGCGAGUACAGGAAGACGCCAAACGGUGUCGUACUCGCGCCUGUGCAGCUCGGCAAAUGGCUAGUGUUGUUCUGCGACGAGAUCAACUUGCCGGACAUGGAUCAGUACGGCACACAGCGCGUUAUUUCCUUCCUGCGACAACUGCUAGAACACAAAGGAUUCUAUCGUGCAAGUGAUCACUCGUGGGUACACCUGGAGCGUAUUCAGUUCGUGGGUGCGUGUAACCCGCCCACCGACCCCGGACGUAAGCCACUCUCACACCGUCUGUUACGCCACGUGCCAGUCAUCUACGUAGACUAUCCUGGCGAAACAUCUCUCGAACAGAUUUAUGGCACGUUCACUCGCGCCAUGCUGCGCAUGCAACCGUCGCUUCGCGGAUACGCCGAGCCGCUGACGCAGGCGAUGGUGAAGCUGUACCUCGCGUCGCAGGAGCGGUUCACGCAGGACAUGCAGCCGCACUACGUGUACUCGCCUAGAGAGAUGACCAGAUGGGUGCGCGGCAUAUGCGAGGCUAUUAGGCCACUUGAUAACUUGAGCGUGGAAGGUCUAGUUAGAUUGUGGGCACACGAAGCACUCCGUCUAUUCCAAGACCGUUUGGUUGAAGAUAGCGAAAGGCAAUGGACCGACGAAAACAUCGACAACGUCGCCAUGCGAUUCUUCCCGGGUAUAAACCGAGAGCAAGCCCUGGCCCGACCCAUCUUGUACAGUAACUGGCUGAGCAAGGAUUACGUGCCUGUACUCAGAGAUCAACUUCGCGAAUACGUCAAAGCUAGGCUCAAGGUGUUCUACGAAGAAGAACUGGACGUGCCUCUGGUGCUGUUCGACGAGGUAUUGGACCACGUGCUGCGUAUCGACCGUAUAUUCCGCCAGCCGCAGGGACACUUGCUGCUCAUCGGUGUGUCGGGCGCCGGCAAAACGACACUCAGUCGCUUCGUCGCUUGGAUGAACGGCUUGAGCAUCUUCCAGAUUAAGGUCCACAAUAAAUACACUGGCGCCGACUUCGAUGAAGAUCUUCGUUCUGUGCUGCGACGCGCGGGUUGUCGCGACGAAAAGGUCGCUUUCAUACUCGACGAGUCCAACGUGCUGGACAGCGGCUUCCUCGAGAGGAUGAAUACGCUUUUGGCCAACGGAGAGGUGCCUGGAUUAUUCGAAGGUGAUGAAUUCGCCGCCCUGAUGACUCAGUGCAAAGAGGGCGCUCAGAGAGAAGGCUUGAUGCUCGAUUCCAAUGAUGAACUUUAUAAAUGGUUUACGGGUCAGGUUAUGCGCAAUUUGCAUGUAGUGUUCACUAUGAAUCCGUCGUCGGAAGGUUUGAAGGACCGCGCCGCUACCUCGCCCGCUCUGUUCAACCGUUGUGUGCUCAACUGGUUCGGUGAUUGGAGUGACGGCGCUCUGUUCCAAGUGGGCAAGGAGUUCACGCGGCGCAUGGACCUGGAGUGCGCGGAGUACGCGCCGCCCGAGGCGUUCCCGGCGGCGUGCGGCGAGGUGGGCGCGCGGCCGGCGCACCGCGAGGCCGUGGUCAACGCCUGCGUGUACGUGCACCAGACGCUGCACCAGGCCAACGCGCGCCUCGCCAAGCGCGCCAACCGCACCAUGGCCAUCACGCCACGGCACUACUUAGAUUUCAUCCAGCAAAUGGUGAAACUGUACGCUGAGAAGCGCGCUGAUCUCGAAGAACAACAACUGCAUUUGAACGUGGGUCUAGGCAAGAUCGCAGAGACGGUGGAACAAGUCGAGGAAAUGCAGAAGAGUCUCGCUGUCAAAUCGCAGGAACUGCAAGCCAAGAAUGAGGCCGCCAACGCUAAGCUCCGUCAAAUGGUUAAAGAUCAACAAGAAGCCGAAAAGAAGAAAGUCGAGAGCCAGGAAAUUCAGGUCGCUUUAGAGAAACAAACCAAGGAAAUUGAGGCGAAACGUCGUGAUGUGAUGGCCGACUUGGCGCAGGUGGAGCCCGCUGUCAUUGAAGCACAAAACGCGGUGAAAUCUAUAAAGAAGCAGCAUUUGGUGGAAGUGAGGUCUAUGGGCAACCCGCCGGCGAUAGUGAAGGUAGCGCUGGAGUCUAUCUGCCUGCUGCUGGGUGAGAAUGCCACGGACUGGAAGGCGAUCCGCGCGGUCAUCAUGCGCGAGAACUUCAUCAACAGCAUCGUCUCCAAUUUCUCCACUGAGGACAUAACUGACGACGUGCGCGAAAAGAUGAGGACUCGUUACCUGAGUAACCCUGAUUAUAACUUCGAGAAGGUGAACCGCGCCAGUAUGGCUUGCGGUCCUAUGGUUAAAUGGGCGAUCGCUCAGAUCGAAUACGCAGACAUGUUGAAACGUGUCGAACCUCUUCGUAACGAACUUCAAGCAUUGGAAGACCGAGCGCAAAGCAACGUGACGGCUGGCAAUGAAGUGAGUGAGCUCAUCGGUCAGCUUGAGAAAUCUAUCGCCUCAUACAAGGAGGAAUACGCGCAGCUCAUCAGCCAAGCGCAAGCCAUCAAGACCGAUCUUGAAAAUGUACAGGCUAAGGUCGAUAGAUCGAUUGCCCUGCUGAAGAGCUUGGUAAUUGAACGUGAACGUUGGGAGGCAAGCUCAGAGACAUUCAGGUCGCAAAUGAGCACCAUUGUUGGUGACGUACUCUUGUCUGCCGCUUUCAUCGCUUAUGGAGGAUACUUCGAUCAACACUACCGUCAAAAUCUAUUCUCGACAUGGACCGCCCACUUGGCCGCAGCGAAUAUUAAGUAUCGUGCGGACAUAGCGCGUACCGAGUAUCUCAGCAACCCCGACGAGCGACUCCGCUGGCAGGCCAAUGCGCUGCCCAGCGAUGAACUGUGCGUCGAGAACGCUAUUAUGCUCAGGCGCUUCAACCGUUACCCGCUUAUCAUCGAUCCUUCUGGACAAGCGACGGAAUUCAUUAUGCGAGAAUUCAAAGAACGCAAGAUUACUAAAACAUCGUUCUUGGAUGACUCGUUCCGUAAGAAUUUGGAGUCUGCACUUCGAUUCGGAAACCCACUCCUUGUUCAAGAUGUGGAGAAUUACGAUCCGAUCUUGAACCCGGUGCUCAAUCGCGAAUUACGUCGUACUGGCGGCCGAGUCCUCAUCACGCUCGGAGACCAGGACAUUGAUCUUAGUCCCUCGUUCGUCAUCUUCCUCAGCACCAGAGAUCCAACGGUAGAGUUCCCGCCGGACAUGUGCUCGCGUGUGACGUUCGUGAACUUCACGGUGACGCGCUCGUCGCUGCAGUCGCAGUGCCUGCACCGCGUGCUGAAGGCAGAGCGGCCUGACAUCGACACCAAGCGCUCUGACCUGCUCAAAUUGCAAGGUGAAUUCCACCUACGUUUGCGCCAACUGGAGAAGUCACUGCUUCAAGCGCUCAACGAUGCAAAGGGUAAAAUCCUUGAUGACGACUCCGUUAUCGCAACCCUAGAGACGCUGAAGAAAGAAGCCGAUGACAUUGGUCAAAAGGUGGAAGAAACCGACAAGGUCAUUGCUGAAAUCGAAACCGUCAGCCAACAGUACCUACCGCUGUCACAAGCAUGCAGUAGCAUCUACUUCACUAUGGACUCACUCAACCAAGUACACUUCCUAUACCAGUAUUCACUGAAGAUGUUCCUGGACAUAUUCAGCUCCGUGCUAGUGUGCCCCAUGCUGAACGGAGUCACCGACUACACCGCCAGGCUGAAGAUCAUCACCGAGGAACUGUUUACGGUGGUGUACGAGCGCGUCGCCCGCGGCAUGCUGCACACAGACCGGCUCACAUUCGCGUUGCUGCUCUGCCGUAUCCACCUGAAGGGCACGGGCGCCGAGGACACGCUGGAGCGGUCCUUCGCGGUGUUCCUGCGCGGCAAGGAGGGCUUCGUGUCGCACUCCGCGCCGCUCGACCCUCUCACUCAUCAACAACAUGAUGCCGCUGAACGACUUAGCUCUAGACUGCCUCCAUUCCGCCGGCUGCUGGAGAAGGCGGGCGAGCUGCCGGAGCUGGCGGCGUGGCUGUCGCAGGCCGCGCCCGAGCAGUGCGUGCCCACGCUGUGGGACGGCGAGCCCGCGCACCCGCCCGCGCCGCACACGCUCGCCAUGUACCGCCUGCUGCUCAUACAGGCGUUCCGUCCCGACCGUGUGAUCGCUGCGGCGACUCAACUGGCGGCGGCAGUGCUCGGCAGCGGGUUCAUGGCCAAGGCUGAGACCGAGCUGGACCUCGCUUCGAUCACUGAAACACAACUGAACGCCACCACCCCGGCCAUUCUGUGCUCCGUGCCCGGAUAUGACGCCAGCGGCCGCGUGGACGACAUGGCGACUGAAAUGAACAAACCUUUGUCUAGUAUCGCCAUCGGUUCCGCUGAAGGGUUCAAUCAAGCUGAGCGCGCUAUUAACACAGCUUGCAAGACCGGACGGUGGGUGAUGCUGAAAAACGUCCACCUGGCGCCUGUAUGGCUGGUGCAGUUAGAAAAGAAGCUGCACUCUCUCCAGCCUCACCCGAACUUCAGGCUGUUCCUUACGACAGAGAUCAGCCCCAAACUGCCCGUGAACUUGCUGCGCGCGGGUCGCGUACUUGUGUUCGAGCCGCCGCCCGGCAUACGAGCCAACUUGCUCAGGACUUUUGUUACUGUCCCAGCAGCUCGUAUGAUGAAACCUCCAUCGGAACGCGCGAGGCUGUACUUCCUAUUGGCUUGGUUCCACGGUAUCGUACAAGAGCGAUUGCGUUACGUACCGCUGGGCUGGGCUAAGUACUACGAGUUCAACGAGUCCGACUUGCGUGUGGCUUGCGACACGCUCGACACAUGGAUUGACGCUACUGCUAUGGGUCGCACUAACCUGCCACCUGAGAAGGUACCAUGGGAAGCUCUGGUGACGUUACUGUCUCAAUGUAUCUACGGAGGCAAGAUCGACAACACUUUCGAUCAACGUCUGCUGCACUCCUUCUUGUGCAAGCUGUUCACUCCGAAAUCGUUUGAGGCUGACUUCGCUCUCGUGGCUAAUGUUGAUGGGGCGUCUGGAAACCAACGCCAUAUCACAAUGCCAGACGGCAACCGACGCGAUCACUUCCUGAAAUGGAUUGAAGAACUAUCCGACCGGCAAACUCCUUCAUGGCUCGGACUACCCAACAACGCAGAAAAGGUGCUCCUCACAACACAAGGUAGCGACCUCGUGUCGAAACUGCUCAAGAUGCAACAGCUGGAAGACGAAGAAGAACUCGCAUACAACGCUGCAACCCAAGACCACGAUCCUAGUUCCGUAGUGUUGGGUGAUGGAAGACCUGCCUGGAUGAAGGUCCUGCACCAGACUGCGACCAACUGGUUGCAAUUGCUGCCGCAACAGCUACCGACGUUACGUCGUACUGUGGAGAACAUCAAGGACCCGUUGUACCGUUUCUUCGAGCGCGAGGUGGCGGCUGGAGCAUCGCUGUUGCAACAAGUGUUGCAUGAUUUACGCUGCGUCAUUUCUAUCUGUCAGGGCUCGAUGAAGCAGACGAACGAGACGCGCGCGAUGGUGGGCGCGCUGGUGCGCGGCAUGCUGCCGGGCCCGUGGCGGCGCUACGCCGUGGCGCGCGGCUGCACGGUGCAGCAGUGGGUGGGCGACUUCGCGCAGCGCGUGCAGCAGCUCGCACACGUCUCCGACACCGUCGCCGCCAGCGGCGCCAAGCGGCUGCAGAGCAUCCCAGUGUGGCUUGGAGGUCUUCUCAACCCCGAAGCUUACAUUACUGCGACUCGCCAGUGCGUUGCUCAAGCCAACUCCUGGUCACUUGAAGAACUGCAUUUGCAGGUGACGAUCCCAGAUCCAGGCACUCCAACUGAAAACGCUCAAACUGAAUGGUCAUUCUCGGUGACUGGUCUGAAACUACAGGGUGCUACUGUGAAGGGCAAUCGCCUCCUUCUCACCAACACCAUCAUGGUCGACUUGCCUCUCACGGUGCUUACUUGGAUCCGUGGGCCGGAGCCAGCAACUGGUGCGCAGACGCUGACCCUGCCGGUGUACCUGAACAGCGCCCGCUCAGAGCUGCUGUUCACGGUGCGUCUGCCCAUCGCGCCCGGACAAGAACCCCACGCCUUCUACGAGCGAGGCGUCGCUCUACUCACCUCCACAGCUCUCAACUAAAUUCCAAGUGUCAAUCCUAGAUAAAAUACGAAGCUUUAAACGCUUCAGAAAUAGGAUUUGAUGUGUCGCUGGCUACUAAUACAAGAUCCUAUAUUCAUUUUUGUGUUGGAUGACUGAAGUUUAAGAUUUUCAUGUCGGUAAAAAUUACAAAAAACAUUAUUUUUUUUACUUUUCCCUAAUUAAUUUUUUAAUGGAAAAGACAGAAUUAUAAUGUGAAAUACAUUCAUUUUAUGCAAAAAAAUAACAAUGAUACUUGUAAUAAAUAGUAAGCCAGCGAUAUCGUUUAUAUAAUAUAUAGCUUAAAUCCCAGUGUUUGCACAAGCAUAUUAUAAUUUAUAUUGCUUCACUUUUAUUUAUAUAGCUCACAUGUAAACGAUAUUUACGCAAAUAAUUACACUUAUUAAUGUAAAAAAA